UGUUCAAUGCUCCAUGAGUAACUCCUAGAAAAGCUCAGGACCACUUCAGGCUCUUAAUAAAUACCUUGCUCCAGGCUUCUGCUCCGUGCCACGCUGCAGGCCACUCCACUCAGGAAGUUCCACGGUCCAGGAGACAUCAGGACCGACUUGUGCAUCUGAGGCCAGAGACCCUGCCAGUGAGGUCAGUGGGGCUUGGGCACCUGCGGCUCCACAGCGGCCCUAAAGCGCGGAUGCAGCUUGCCUCUCCGGAAGAUACCAAGGUCCUCCAGCCAGGCCCCAUGGGUGCCAACGCCUGCUCUUCUUUCAUGGAACAACGGACGCCAGUUGGCCAGCACCCACCUCGAAAGUUUUAGCGGGAAAUACUAGGGCACGCAAGGCAUGCUGGGAGCGCUUAGGGUACGCUGGGAUUGUAGGGCGCCCAGGGAAUGCUGGGAGUGGUGCGCGAGAACCGCUCGGAGGGUUGUGAGGAGAGCAGGCCUGGGGGCGCGGGAGAAGUUGGUGCCGCUGAGGUGGGCCGAGCCUGCCCUGAGGAGACAACUGCUUGGGGCAACCAGAGAGAAAGAGCGCGGGGGCUAGGCCGCUGCAGGCCGCUUUCUCACCGUGCUCCUGCCUCCCGAGGCUCUGGCUUUGAAAGAGCUGGUUUCAGAGUUCUUCAGACAUUUCACGAGUGCAGGGGUGUUGUUUACAUACACUUUUCUGAUCAGUCUUUGAAUAUUGGCAAGAGAAAGGCCUAAUUGCUGAGACAUCAGUCAACAGGAAAAUAUGAAUGAUUCUAGGCAGCAAGCACUGUUCUUCACCACACUCCCAGAUUUACAGAAACUCUGUGCUGUCAGGAUAGUAUUGAUUAAGGGGGUGGCAGAUACGGAGAUUAGGAGUACACAGGUGAAGAUAUGCAGGCAAUUGCUGUUUUUGCACCAAGAUAUCCUUACAUCACCUGUACCUGGAAUAUUUACCCAAAUUUGGGUGGUGAUGGCGAUACCGUUUUAUCAAGCUGGAAAACUUAAUGCCUGUAUUGAAAAAUAUGGAGCUAAGGUGGAAACUCCACAACGGGUAAUUCCUGUAAUUCUUCAAAACUGCCUUUCAUAUUCACUCAUGGCUAGACUUUCUCCAGCCUGGAAUAAAACUGGCCAUCUCUUGGUGCAAGGAAGAGAGUUCCUUUCUCAGAUGGGAAAGCAAAGAGCUGUUGUAUUAGGCAUCAAUGUAACAGAAACUCAAGUUUGUCUAAGUAUAGAAGCUUACACAAUCAGACUGCCACCACCUCAGCUGACAGAAUUUGAUAUUUCUCAGAAUAUUAUAAAGGAUUUUGAAACUAACAGGAAUGCUGUUAUUGAGGGACAUUUGAUUUUAAACAACUGGUGCUACGUUUUGCCAAGUAUGAAAAUGGGACAAAUAGUAAAUAUUCUUCACACCAUACCCCCUGACUGUCCUUUUCACUCAUAUGAAGAUUUCCGGAAGCACUGGGAUGACCUGUAUGGCUAUAAACUUCCAGUAGAUUGUGGAACUACCAAAAUAUACUGCAGCAUCUACUUCAAAAUGAUAGGAGAAAGGAUCUUCACAUACCCUCUCAGUUGCAUCAGAAGUCAGCCCAUACAAUUUUUUCCAAGGGUAGAUGUGGAAGGUGUUUUGAAAAGUUUUCUUUCAGAUUUAAAAUCUAAACUGCCCCAUAUAUGUGGAUUUCCCAUAAAGAUGACAACUAAACCAUGCUACCACACACAAGAACUAACUAAACUGCAUCUGCAGGAAAACAAAGUCAGGCCGCCCAAUCUAACCACUAAACAAAAGUUCAGGUCCUCUCUGGCUCAGGCACCUUCCAUAAGAUCCCCCCCAGCUCAAAGUCUUCUACAGUGUUCAGUAGCCAUGCACCACAAGGUGGAGCUUUCAGUCAGCCAGCCAAAGCCCUGCGUGUCCUCAGCUUUGCACCUCCAGCGAGAAUCUGUUCAAAACAGAAAGAAAUCCCUGUCUGACAAGGCAGCACAAGUACAUUUGGAAGUACCAAAGCUCAACAGAGGAAAUACUCCAAUGCAAGACAUAAAUGUUGGCUCCCAACAUAAUAUUGCUCCUAAAUUCAUACCAGUUUUCAAAAAUCAACCAAUACAAAUGAACAAAAAUAUCUUAAAACCCGAGAACCUGAAAAGAAAACAGCAUAUUGUUAUAGAACCUAAGUUGUUUUCACUCAAAACUAGUGUGAUCCAGGAUGACAAACUGAAUUUAGAUCCAGUUAUAAAAAAAAGAUGUAAUCGCAGCAUUCAGAUGACUGCUAGAAAUGUAAAUCCAAAGACUUCUAGAUCUCUGCAAGAAAAAAACACUGAGUCCUAUGAAAACACUGAGUCCUAUGCUUCUAGUGUAAAAUCAUUGCCUGUGAGUUUAAAUGAAAGUAAACAACUAUCUAAUAGUUCAGUAUUUCAGGUGUCAAAUAAUAAUUUAGGUGUAAUAAAAAGUGCUGUUGACUUCCAAGCAACUGGGAAAGAAAAUUUGACAAGCAAAUAUAAAACACAAAUCUUAAGGAAAGGCCACAAUUCACUAAAAGUGAAAAGGCAACCAUACAUUUUUGAAUCAGACACAGAAACAGAAGAUCCCCAACUGCUACAUCAACAAGCAGUUGAUCAAACUAAAGAAGAUGAUGUAAGUAACCACCAAUUAAUAGUAAGCAGAAUACCCCACAGGUCUAAAAGAGAAUUAUGUCAGGAAUCUUCAAAAACUCCAAAGAGGCCUCAUUCUAGUACUAUCCGUCAUGGACAAUCCAGUUCUAGGAACCAGAUACGUAACUUGGACAAAUCAAAACCUAAGAAAUCUCUCGUCAUUUCUAAAGCUUAGGACAUGGAUGUGAAAGAAGGAAAUAUCCACCAGAGAUAACCACUCUGAACAUUGAUGGACACCUCGCACACACUUCUGUGAACAUGGAAUCAGGCUCCAUACCCUGCUUUGGAAACUCUUUUUUCACUCAACAGGUUUUUUCAUAGUUGCAUAGUAUUCUGUUGCAUGUGGAUAUAUUGUAUAUAUAACUUCCCCUACUGAUUGUCAUUUAAAUUGUUUCCAACAUUUCACUGUAACAACUUCAAGUGCUUCCGUACACUGGAAAAAAAAAGGGAGGGAAACAGAAAUGGAGUUUCUCUCCUAACUAGUAUUAUUCUGGCUUUCAAACAUUUUAGAUGUUUAAUGUAUAAAUGAGUUAUAAUUAUUGUGGUAAGAUAUUUAAAAGAAACCAAAAAUCUUCAUAAAUUUUCCACUGAAAUAAUCUUUCAUUAAAUAAAACAGAGUGAGCAGAAAGACAAAUAUAAGUGGAACUUAAAAUUUUUUAAUAUGAUUUGCUGCUUUUGCUACUUCAAUUUAAGGCAAAAAUGAACAAAAACUCUACCUCAAAACUGUAAAUAUAAUUCUUAUUCUUGAAAAUGUACCUUUUUAAUUAAUUUACUACAUACCUUUAUGGUAAACAUUUUUUCAGAAUUAUCUCUAUUUUAUAAUUUUUAAUGUUUUUAUAGGGAAAUACAUCUGGUUUAAAGCCUAUUUUGAGUGUGCUUUCUCUUUCUAAAAUAAUAUGUUAGAUAACUAGUAGACUGCAGUAAAAAAUAGUACAUAUUUUUUUAUGGAAGUGCCCUUAAUAGGGAUGUGUAUCUGGUCACUUAGUCAUCUACAGCAUGUACUUAUUCUUGAAACCAGUGUCCCCCCUGUUGCAUGUAUAGGCUGCCUUCCUGCUACUGUCCAUUUAUCAUACCCCAGGUAAUAAAGACUUAUUUUACUAUUGCACUUAGCAAAAUAAUUUAAAAAGAUAAAUCCACUGCUUAAGAAGUAUGUAAU